CGUGUUUUGGGAGCAGCUCCGCGGUUCCAGCACCUGACAGAGCUCACAAACCAAGCGGAAAAUGGAUGACGAUUCGGAUAUCUUCGAUGAAAUGUGGCUGGAAAGUGUGGUCAUAGCGGGCUUCCGAGUGUGGCACAUUAUCGCCGCCGUUCUGGGUGUCCUCCUCCUAAUAAUGAUUAUGGUAUGCUGCUGCAUUCGCUUCCGUAUACCGCGCACCAAGCAGGAAAUCGAGGCGGACUACCAGCGCAAGCAGAUCACAAAGAAGUUCCGCGAGAAGCUGCAGCAGAUCAAGAACUCCGAAAUGGACGACAUGGACCUGCAGAAGGCACUUGCUUAUAUCAAAUUGGAACAGUACGAUGAUCCCUAGGGGCUCUGUAAAUUCACCCGCACCCUGUACAAACUAUCGGAAGUACUUAAGCAGUAAACUCUCUAUCGCAAUGAACACUGCCACUGUAAUGUGUGCCCGCAUCCAGAGCGACUAUCUCAACUUCCAGGUCAGCAUGGAGAGCAUGAACGCGAAGCAGAAUGUUAAGUUUAAGAUCUAAGUGCCUGUUAUAGUAUUGUGCAGCGGAGAUGGUAUACCUAAGCGAAAUAUUAGUAACAUUUAAGACAUUAUGUGCAAUU